CCGUGCAUUUUAAGUGUUCAAUCCACUUAUUAUCUAAACGGAGUUGUUUUACAUCAUCGUCAAUAUUUUAAAUAAUUCCACGGCUGCUAUUUAAAGCCCAGUUAACGUCGACGUCAUGAAAUGUGCUUGGUGUUGUGAGUGGGCCAUUGAUGGAAAGCGUGCACGCGUUUAUUAGUUUGAUCGAACCUACCCGGCGUAGAGACAAAUUAUACAUUUCCAAUGUUGCCUUCCGGUGGGUUUUUCGCACAUAUAGACUGUCCAUUUUUUAAACGCGAUCUCUGUCAGCGGCCCCACUGUCUGUACAAGCAUGUCAAAGACAACCGAGGAAUGUUUGACAGCCACCAGCAUGGACCAUCAUCAGUGGCAGGUGUUAGUGAAACAUAUUCCACUUCGGUUAAUGGAGUCCCACCGGGCAAUGAGGCAAAAGACCCUUGCCUUUUGGAGUUGGAAAGGAUCAACAAAGAAAUUGAGACAGUGAAGAAUGAGGUAGAGAAGGAGCAAAGGAGAUUAUCCCGCUAUCAAACUGUCCAGGUGGACAGUGAAAAAAAAGAGUCCAAGAAAGCCUUGAUUACCAAAUCUGAAAUGUCAGGAAAAGAUCUGAACGGAAAUAGAGUCAAAUCUUCCCAAAGGCAGUCCGCCACAGCCUGUUCUACUGCUAGGAAGAAGUAUGUGGUUGACACCUCCAAACCCAGGACCGAUUUGGAAUAUGAUCCUUUAUCCAACUUCUCUUCUUCUUUGGGAUCUAGCUGUUCUGAGCAUAAACCAGGUAGCAAGAAGAAAGGGAAAGGUGGGCAAGAUGUGAAGACGACAAUGGGGCUUGUUUGUAGGGAGGACCAGACUGAGACAGAGCUCACUGUAUCACCGCCUGGUAGUGACAAACUAGCGGAUGACUCUGACGAAGAAGGGGUCCUCAUCAUUGAUGUUCCACCCCUGGAGAACGAUAGGAAGAAGAUUAGAGCUAAGAAGCACUGUAACCCCGCCACCAACAAACUACAGGACGAGAAAGAAAAAGUUCACCCGGUUUCUUCCGCUGACCCUGCUGUGUCUGGGGCUCCGCUGGCUACUGCUCUUACAGUGUCUCUUCCUAGUCCUGAAGAUGUCCAAGUGUUAUCCCUGCCUGCUGCGUCUGAUGCUGUGAAAGGUGAUGACGUCGAUGCUUGUGGCCUAUCCAGUAGUUCCACCAGUCAGGAACACGAAGGUAAACCGAGUGCCGAGGGCGUCUUUGACAACUUGUCCAAAUGCUUGGAAAUGCUUAGAAGUGAAAGCGAGAGAAUAGUUUGUUACAAAGAGGCUGAGGCCACUGCUGAAAGUGACUGUAGCCAAGAACCCGAGCGUCCCGGAAUGAGUGUGUCAUACACUGGUCCAGUUGUUAGGGAAGAUGUCAGCUUAUUGAUGCCAGAGCCUGGAUUACCUGGAAGUGGGCUUGCCUCCAACUGUGUUGAGAAAAUCUGUCUUGCUCAACCCAGUGACGUCUCACACGGACAUGCAUCUUCACUGCCUGAUAAGGUUUUAGCACCUCCUGUCUCCUCGCCCUGUGAACUCCCCUUUCAGACCCAGAGAAAUGAGCAGCAGGCAGAACCGAGCUCGGCUCAGAGUUACUGGUCACCUGUGCAAAGUUCAUCGUCAGUGCCGUGUCUUCAGAAAAUACCGGGCCAAACACCAGAUCUUGAUUUUCCCAUCUCUGAAGUUCCGACACAGAACUUUCUAGAGCAAGCAGCCACUUCUGCUGGUAUCACUCAUAGGCCGACUACACUAGAGACUAAUGGAAUAGAACUGCAAUCGGGUGCUUUUGAACAACUUCCCAAGGAAGCAGUGUCUGAUCAACUGGUUAUUGACUGUAGUUCUGAGGAGCUAGAGUAUUCUGAGCUGUCUGAUAGUGACACAAUGGAGGAAUGCUACCGUAUAUUCAUGGAGGAUGAGAACAAGUGUGAAGGGAAAUCUACAGAAGAGGCUGGUACACCUGUAAGUGCUGUGGAUGUGGAGAUGCCAGGGCUAGCAGUGAAACCCAAAUUGUUGCCUGGACCCAGGAAAAGGUUGGCCCAUGUUUCCAAGUAUACUGAGUCAUCGGUGGCCAAAACCAAAGCUCAGGUGAUCGUUCCCUUCAGAGGAGGAACCCCCCAGUCGUCCAACCCCUCGAAGAUCCAGCAGCUGCAGCAGAGGGCCUCCAUGUUGUCAGCUGCUCUGAAAGGAGGCCAAGCGUUUGCCUCGGCAAAUACGCAGAGGAAAGGGGUGACCAUGGCUUCUUCGUCUCAUCAAGCCACUCAUCAACCAAAUUAUCAGCCCACUCAUCAGCCCACUCAUCCAGUUCAGUACCUCACUCAUCAACUCAUCCACCAGCCCACUCAACUCAUCCAUCAGCCCACUCAACUCAUCCAUCAGCCAACUCAACUCAUCCAUCAGCCCACUCCCCACCCUACUCCUAUGCAGAACACUUGUGUAAACGUCAUACCUGUGGGAACAGCCAUCCAGGUGGGCAAUAACCUGCACUUCAUCCUUCCAGAGGGAAGCUACUCUCUGCCCAUCAGUUCAGCUAGUUCUCCAGUCACCUUAGCCUGUUCCCCGAUCCGUUCCACAAUCAAUACGCCAAUCAUACCAGUUACCCCUGUUUCUGUACAACCUCAGCCUACUGCCUAUAUCCCUGCAAAACCCAUUCCCACCAAGCGUAAAGCCAGGGUUCGUCCUGAGGUUGGUGCCAAAGUGCCACACGACGUACGGCAGCGCUAUGUAAACCUGUUUGUUGAGGAAUUCCUAAAAACGUCUGUCACUGUACAAGAUGCUUUUGAAAAGGCCCUCACGGAGGAGAAGACUGUGUAUGAUCGCAGCAUUAACAAACUUAAGUAUCUGAGUGUUGCAGUAAAUGCGCUGAAGAGGCUGAAGAACCAGAGCACAGUCUCUGUCAAAGCUGGAAAUAAAACUGAUGUACAGAUAUCCAGAGGAAACAUUCCACUCAAUACCAAAGCUCUUUGGGGAAUUGGGGAUGCUGCAUUGUAUGAAAGUUUGAAGGAGCACAUUCUGUCAGAGGAAGUAUUGACCGAGAAUAACUAUCCCCUUCAGCACCCAGAACAAGCAGGCUGUGCCAUACUGUAUCGUGAAGAUCAUAAGAAGGGAAUCACUGAUUCGCUGAAGAGAAUUUGCUGUCGGUGUGGGGCCACUUACUCUGUGAACCAAAUGGGAAAGCACAUGCGCAAGGAGGAGUGCAACUACCACUCUGGAAAAGGAGUCGAGAAUAAAGUACCGGGUGGAGUGGAAACGCGCUACAGCUGCUGCGAGGGUGUGGUUGGAUGUCCGGGCUGCCAAGUUUUCCAGUUGCACGUGCACGAUGCAGUGAGCCUGGACAACUUUGUCACGACCCUUCCUAAACCUGUGACGGACACGGCCUGCCCAGGGGUGUUCUCGGUUGACUGUGAAAUGUGCUAUACCACUCUGGGUCUGGAGCUGGCCAGGGUGACUGUUGUUAACUCCAGUUUGCAGGUGGUCUAUGACACCUUUGUGAAACCGGCUAAUGAAGUGAUUGACUACAACACCAGAUUCUCAGGUAUUAGUGAAGAUGACAUAAGGGGGUCAAGCACGUCCAUCCAAGAUGUUCAGGAGACUCUUUUGAGCUUUGUCAGUGCAGAGACCAUACUGAUUGGCCAUGGCUUGGAAGCCGACCUCUGUGCCCUGAAGCUGUUCCAUGGCACCGUGGUGGACACCUCUGUGUCCUUCCCCCACCGCCUGGGCCUGCCUCAUAAGAUGACCCUCCACAGCCUCACGGCAGACUACCUCAGGAGGAUCCUCCAGGAGAGUGUGGGGGGCCAUGACUCUGCACAGGAUGCAACUGCCUGUAUGGAGCUCAUGCUGUGGAAGGUCAAAGAAGAAGGCAAAACUAAACGAUGGUGAUAUAAAUAAAACUGGCUUUGCCAAACCUCAUUAGUCAUGAAAUCACAGAAAUUUGACAAAAUGUCACUCCAAAGUUGUAUAAAGGUGAAGUGUUUGUUGGCUCUUUUCUUUAAAUGGCAUGGGCAUAUUUUUGUCGAUUAUUUUGUGUUGUUUCAAUACAUUUCUUUUUCUUUUACCGUGUAAAGCUACACUUACAUUCUCUCAUGCCAAUGUCAAUAUUAUUUGGGGAUGCACUCUGAACAUUAUGAAAGAAGAAUAUACUGAAAGUAAAAGCACAGUAAAGAAA